AUGGCUUCAUCCAGCAGUUCUACAAACAAUGGUGCAACUAUUGUUGACGCAUUAAUCAGUUCUAACGGUGAUGACGGACAUGAACGCAUCGAUGAGUCAACUGAUGCUAACAAUUCAAGUUAUGGCAGUCAUAAUGUCCGUCCAUUACGUCUGUAUGACGUUGAUCAAUUAGGAGAUAUAACAAGCCAUGUAUACAUAACAACUGAUGGAACAAAGUUCUGGAAACCUUUGGUGUCUCCUGAAUAUACACCUACCUUCGGAAUGGUUUUUGACACAUGGAGCGACGCUGAGAAUAUGUACAAGUCUUAUGCUGAGAGGUCUGGGUUUUCUGUACGUUUGGGUGCCUUGAAGAGAAAUGGAAAUGUUAUUACACAUAGGUAUAUGCAAUGUACCAGAUCCAGUAAACCUAAGCAAACACAACUUGAAUCGAUGGACCCUAGUGCUUUUAAAGUAUCUCGAAGUAGCAGCUACAAAGUUACUGACUGCAGGGCGCGGCUAAAGCUUAAAGCUAUCUCAGGCACUACAAAAUUUUUCGUUUAUGGUUUUAUUGAAGCUCAUAAUCAUGGAUUGGUCGACAAGGACAAUCUAGACUUUACCAGAAAAAGGAUGAAACUUAGUUAUGACGACCAGAGGUUCAUUCACAAACUAAGCUUGAACAAAAUUGGCCCUAAUGUCGCGCAUAAGAUUCGAGCUUCGUUAAAGGGUGGGCACCAUAAUGUACAAGGAACUCUAGUAGAAUUCAAAAAUUUCACUAGAGAUCUACGGUCUUUUAUCGGCAAGAAGGAUGCACAAAUGGUUGUUGAUACGUUAAAAGCUCGUAUGAUAAAUCUGCCAAAUUUCUUUUUUGAAUGUGUGGUGGUUGACGGUGAGCUAAGAUCGUUGUUCUGGGCUGAUGACGUAUCCAAGUGCAAUUACGAAGCCUUCGGAGAUGUGUUAGGUUUUGAUGCAACAUAUCACACGAAUCAGUAUAACAUGAUAUUUGUUCCGUUUACCGGUGUCGAUCACCAUAAAAAGUGUGUCACCUUUGGUGCUGGGCUAUUAUACGAUGAAACAAUUGGUUCUUACACGUGGUUGCUUACCACAUUCCUUAAAGCUCAUAACAAUAAGCAACCAAUGUUGGUGUUGACCGAUCAGGAUGCUGCGAUGAAACAAGCAGUUUCUGGUGUAUUCAAUAAAUCUAUUCACCGGCUGUGUAUGUGGCAUAUUGUAAGGAAAAUUCCUGCAAAGAUUGCAGGUGAUGUAUUGGAAAAUAUAGACUUGAGAGCUGCUAUACAUAAGCUGGUUUGGAAUUUGUUUAUCACACCUGAAGAAUUUGAAGAAAGAUGGAAUUUGCUUAUGGAAGGGUUACACUUGAAAGAAAAUAAUCGGCUGAACGAGAUGUAUGAGAUUAGGGAUCAAUGGGUUCCGUGCUAUUUUAGGGAUGUGCACAUGUGUUGUCUAAUGAAAACCACCUCGAGGUGUGAGAGUUCGAAUUCCCUGUUCAAAACAAAUUCUAGUGGAACAAACACGCUCGUGCAAUUCUUGAUGUGUUUCGACACAGCAAUUGAUGGGCAGCGGUACACUCAACGCAGAUUGGAGUUCGAAAGUAACACAAUAGCACCAUCAAUGCCGAAGAACGUGCCUAUCGAAAGACAUGCCUCGGAAUUAUAUACACAUACGCUGUUUUUGGAGGUGCAAAAAGAGAUAUACAGAGGCAUGCAUUCUGCUAUAUUGCUUCAAAAACCCCAGAACUUGAUGGGGCAUGCCUUUUGUGUGUAUAGAUACAACCAGGUUGAUGAAAUUCCCGUUCAGUAUCAACCUGGUAGAUGGAAACGAGACAUAUUGCCAAGGAGGGUUUUUAGCAUGUCGAACAGGUAUUCUGCCGAUACAGACACGGAAUCUGUAAUCCGGAAUGAGAUUUUUGAUUUGGUCAUUGAGUGUACUGAUCGUCUAAGGCAUAAUAUUGGUAAACUUUCUGAGUUGUCUGGUGAAAUUAAAGAAAUUAGGAACCGUGUGUUUCGCGAAUUCCCGACUGAACCGACGUGUAACAAGACAUCAGCUGUGAUCAGUGACCUUCUCAAACAGCCUGAAGAUAUGGAAGUCUCGAUAAAUCCGCCACAAGGCAUCCGGAACAAAGGGUGCGGUACCAACCAUCGACUCAUCGGUCCCGGGGAAAAGGCUGUUGUUAAUAGUGCUAAAACUACUAGGCUGUGUGGAAAAUGCAAGAAAUACAUUAAUGAUCAUGACUCGCGUAAUUGUGAAAAAGUUCGGGCUGCCAAAGAAGCCGCGGCUGCUGCUGCAAAAGCUGUUAAAGUUGGUAAUGUUGCUGUUCCAGAAGAUUCAUGUCACGUUGGUGUCGUUGAUUUGUCUAACGGUGAUACAUCUGUUGGACCAUCGUCUCGCAUUUGUACUCGGGCCACUAGAAGAUCCACUAGAAGAUCUACCGUACAUUCGUCCGACCCGCUUGAAGAGUGA